AUGGCAAACUCUGAUGCAGUUGAUAAUAUAUUUGCAGUGGCUGACACAAAUCGAGAUGGAAGAAUCGAUAAAAACGAAUUAAGUAGUUUAAUAUCAAAGGGUGAAGGAGUGACCUUCUCGACAUGGCAAGCAUCCAGUGCUGGAGAUGAUCUCAAUAACAAUACUGAUCGGUAUGCACGAUAUCGACAUAGGGAAACUACUACAGUAACUAGUGAUUUGGCAAAUGAAAUGCCUAUUAAAUCAGGUAGUGUAGAAGAAACGAAUCGAUACCUUCGAAGCUUAGGAAGCAGUGUUUAUGUGGAUUCUAAUCCACAAAUUAUUCGGCGACCAACAUUUGAACGUCCAGUAACAUAUGAACAGCGAAUUAUGCUUCGAUGCCUUCAACCACCACCUCUCACAUCAGUAGAACCAUUGAUUGUUAAAGAGGUACGUCCAGAACAACCGCCGCCGCCGCCACCAUUGGUCAUACGCGAACAUGGAUCAUGCACUUCUCAACCACCACCGCUUAUCUUACGUGAACGACCACCAGUACCACCAGCACGUAUCCCCGGCGAAACAGUUAUUCGCCAUUUACCUUCAGUACCUCUUCCACCACGAUCAGUUCAAAUCGAACGUUUUUCAGAUUGUCCAGAAAAACCACGGGAUAUUAUCAUUGAACGAUGGCUUCCGUAUGCAGCUGGAACUGAACGUCGUGAGAUUGUUGAACAUGCUCCUCCUCCUCUGAAAUAUCCAGCACCAACUCAUACUGUGAUUAUUUACGACAGUGUUCAACCAGUUAUUAACCAAAAAAUUGAACGACUAGGUAUUACUCAAGAAGAUCCUGAAGCCUAUGUAGCUCGUUAUGGAGCAGCACUUUUAGAUCGAGACACACUUCUUCAACGGGCUCGUGAUGCUGGCAUUGUUCAAGAUAUAUCGUGUUCGUCACUAGCCUCUUCGGGAAGUUCAAGUCGGCGUGCGAAUUUCAUAGACGUUGAUAAAUCAAAUGAUGCAAUCACACAAGGUUUUUCAUUAUCAGGUAGAAACAGUUAUGGAGGAACCCAACGAGUUUCUAAUACCCCAGUUACCAAUCUUGAUAUAAGAAAUUCAUCAUCAUCAUUACAAGGUCAUGGUUUUAGUACUGAAACUGGCAGUGCUAGGGAAAUUCGAUCAGGAUAUCAUGUUGAUGAUGCUGAUGUCAAUACCACUACUACUGUAGACCGUGAUGGAGAAACAACUGUAAAAGAAACGUAUCGAUAUUUUUAA